UACAAGUAUGCGUAAUAACACGUAUCUACAAGUACAAGUAUUUAUUUCACUUGGCCUAAAUGAUAAGCAACGACUACAUAAGUAACAACUAUCUGGAGCUACUACUUUCUUACCUGAGACAGUGGGUGACUUGACAGAAUCAUGAACAACCUCAUUGUAAUUGCUCUCUUUUGUAUUGCGGCUUCAGCCUACGGACGCCCAAGUGAACUCCUAACAUGUAGUGACAGACUGAAACUGCUCGAGACUUCCAAGCCUCUUCUAGGUCGACCUACCCCAAAAUGUGACGAGAGUGGCGAGUAUGCCCCAGUCCAGUGCCAGGGAUCACAGUGCACAUGCGUCGAGAGCAAGUGGGGAAACCAGAUCAGUGAGGAGUAUACAAUGAACAGAUGGGAGACACAGGGCAUGAAAUGCAAUUGUGCUCGAGACCAGUAUGCCUAUCGUGCCACUGGCAAAUUGGGCCUAUCAUUCAGAUGUACCCAGAACGGUAACUACCACCCAAUCCAGUGCAUAGGCUCUGUGUGUUACUGCGCUGAUGAAAAUGGACUUCAGGGAGAGAACAGCCCAACCGUAGGAAUAUGGGAAACUGAAAAACUCAAAUGUUAAUAGAUGAAAGUUGAAUAGUAUCUAAUUUUUGUAAAUUUGAAAAAUAAAGAUUCAA